AAUAUCAAUUAAUCUAUCAUUUCAAGUUAUCAGUUUUAUUCGAGAACACCGAUUUGUCAAACCAAUAAUGAAUUUUUACUUUUUCAUUGUUAUGUAUCUAGCAAUUAACUUUUCAAAUGGAUUAAUUUACGAUACCCCUAUUACGAAUAAGGAUGGACAAUUGACUUACAAUGGCAAUCUUUGUAUGACUAAGCUAUUUCAUGAUAUCAGAGAGAAUGACAUUGGAAUGAAUUAUGCAAAAUUUUGUACGGUUUUGAAAAAAUAUCAAAAGAUACACUGUUUAAAUGAUACCAAAAUUCAUUUAUUUUUCGUUGGCAUUGUUGGAAACACUGAUGGAUAUAUGACGGAAGUGCAAUUUUUAAGUAUAAUGGCAAUAGUUCUCCAUCGAGUUGAGAUUUUUAUUGAGAGAUUUUAUAAUAGUUGCCUCAAAAAUAAUGUGAUGACUAAAAUUGAAUUAAUUGAUGCUUUUAAACAAUACAAAAUCAAUCUUAAUGAUUCUACAGUUACUGAAUUAAUGAAUCAGUUUGCAGGUACAAACGUAGAAAAUAUCUCCUACACAGUAUUCAGAGAUAUUUUGGGGUACUUACUACACAAGAACAACCCUACAAAACGACAGUCGUAAUGUUCUCGUCACUAUCAUAAUAUGGAAUAACAGUGGACAUCUCUGUUUGUGUCCACAAUAAUGGAUGUUUAUUAAAUCUUUUCAUUUAAAAUUAUUAACACUUUUAUUUAUAAAUUCAUAUGUUCAAAAUAAUAUGAUUGUUUUUAAACAAAUAAUUUAAAUAAAUAAUUUGGAGAAAUAUUUAACAUACAAAUGCUUAAUAUAUUAUAAUACACACGAUUCAGACAUGAGUCAAUUAUUAGUCAUUUUUAAAAAUCACUCUUUAAUAAACUUAUAAAUAAAGGUAUUGGUUUUACUAUGA